CUCUGUUACAGCGGGAUUCCCUCCUCACAAUGGAAAUCCUUCAGUGCUCAAAGAGAGCAAUGGAAUCAGAUUAAACACAUCUCAGUCUACUGAAACUUUUCCUGAACUUUCAUUAGUUAUGUGCAAGUAUCAAGAAACUACAUCAAAAGAGUAUGGUCAUGGAUAAGAUCAUAAAUCAGUGAAUAAGACAUGUGCAACAGAAGAAAUUAAUUAACUUUCAUUCUUGAUCAUGUUCUUCUAUUUUCCUUCAGCUCGCAGACAGAACGUUGUUUUUGAUAAAACCCAAAACAUAACCUCUGCAGGAGUAGCCUACAACGAAAGCCACUGUAUUAGUACCAAUCAGUGAGAUAUGUUAUCCUGUGUGGGUGGUUUCUAUAUUGGAAAUGAUUUUGCUCAACAGAAACUGUACAGGAAAUUAAAAUAGCCCCGUACAUGCAAACGCGCAGAUGAGGUGCGCAAAUGAGCGCGCGGAAGAACGGUCCCUCUGUCCAGAGAAUAACUCGCGUCAAAGCUUGGCGCUUAUGACGUCACGCCCCAUUGGCCCGUGGGCUGUGGCAUUUUGAGUUCUCAUAAACAAAGGCACAGCGCUUGAGUUCCAGUCUUCGCGUGCAGCCGAAGGAGUUAGGAGCGCACAAAAUAGGCUUUGGCAUCACAUGCAUUCUUCUAUACACGAAACAUCGCAACAGGAGCAGCUACAUGGAGACACAAUUUUCAAGUCUUCCAAAUAGCGAUUUGAGUAAAGCAAACUAACAGAGAGACACGCUCUGACAUCAACCCGUGCACGAGCCCUGACUUCAGAGAUUGUUCCACGAGGGAUAAAAGUAGCAGGUGUGGAGCCAUGCCCUGCGUCCAGGCUCAGUAUGGGACAUCACCACCAGGAGCCAGCCCCGCAUCUCAGAGUUACAGCUACAACACCACGGGAGAGUACAACUGCGACUUCCUAACGCCAGAGUUUGUCAAGUUUAGCAUGGACCUGACUAACGCAGAAAUAUCUGUCACUUCUUCGCUCCCCAGUUUCAGUACGUUUGUGGACACCUACAGUUCCAGCUACGACGUAAAGCCUCCCUGCCUUUACCAAAUGUCCCACUCUGGGGAGCAGCUGUCCAUCAAAGUGGAGGAGAUACCCACACACGGUUACCAUCAGCAGCACCAUCCGGCGCACCAAGCCGAGGAGAGCAUACCCCAUAGCGGACCUUUAUACUAUAAACCGCCUACCCCAAACAUCACCCCAUCACCUAGUUUCCCAGCUCCUCCACACCACACGUGGGACGAAAGCGGGUCCCUUCACAGUUUUCAUCAGAACUAUCUGGCGACGUCACAUAUAAUAGGCCAGCAGCGUAAACACGCGAUGUCUCGGUUGUUCUCGUUCAAGCAGCCUCCCGCUGACACACAGAUGUCAAGCUGCCAGAUGCGCUUCGACGGAUCUCUCCACGUGUCCAUGGACACUCCGGGUUCUCAUCGUGCGCUGGAGAGCUUUGCCGUUCCGGCACCUCCGAGGAAACAGCACGGUUUGGGUUUAACCCACUCGCUCAACGUCGGCCACGGGCACCCCUUACUGGAAAGCCCGGUGGCCUCACCUCCGAAUAGAGGAUCCCCAUCCAGUGAGGGUUUGUGCGCUGUGUGCGGGGACAACGCAGCCUGCCAGCACUACGGAGUGCGCACUUGUGAGGGAUGCAAAGGAUUCUUCAAGCGAACAGUGCAGAAAAACGCCAAAUAUGUUUGUCUGGCAAACAAAAACUGUCCUGUGGAUAAAAGACGCCGAAAUCGAUGCCAGUAUUGCCGGUUUCAAAAGUGCCUGGUGGUGGGGAUGGUAAAGGAAGUCGUGAGAACAGCCAGUUUAAAAGGUCGGAGGGGUCGCCUCCCAUCGAAACCAAAAAGCCCGCAGGACAUCCCGGUCUCUUUGACACCUGUCAAUCUCCUGAACAUCCUUGUGAGAGCGCACAUAGACUCCAAUCCCUCUAUGGCCCGACUGGACUACUCUAAAUUUCAGGCAAGCCCAGAGUAUCACAGUGGAGGAGAUGAGUCUCUGCACAUUCAGCAGUUCUACGAUCUUCUCACUGCUUCCAUGAGCAUCAUCCUUGGAUGGGCCGAGAAAAUCCCCGGUUUUUCUGACCUGCCCAAAUGCGACCAGGAACUGCUUUUCGAUUCAGCCUUCCUUGAACUUUUUGUGCUGCGGCUGGCUUACAGAUCCAACCUGGCCGAGGAUAAGCUUAUUUUUUGCAAUGGAGUGGUUUUACACAAGUUGCAAUGCGUGCGAGGCUUUGGGGAGUGGAUCGACUCCAUCGUUGAGUUUUCUUCCAAUCUUCAGAGCAUGAACAUAGACGUCUCUGCCUUCACCUGCAUGGCUGCUCUCGCCAUAGUAACAGAGAGACAUGGACUAAAAGAGCCUAAGAAGACAGAGGAACUUCAAAACAAGCUAGUAAACUGUCUGAAGGAUCAGGUGUCCUGCAGUGGUGAAUUGUCUAAACUGUUGGAGAAGCUGCCAGAGGUGCGUGCUCUAUGCACGCAGGGACUGCAGCGCAUCUUUUACUUGAAACUGGAGGAUUUGGUUCCCACGCCUGCGAUCAUUGACAAACUCUUUCACGAUACGUUACCGUUCUGAACAACCGGCUGAACUGCGACAGGUCCAUAAAACGUAUUCCUUGAUGUUGCGGACUUGAAGAAACGAAUGGGUGGGAAACUGGUGGAUGGAAGCUUAUUUUUCCACGUUUGGAACUUGGCUGUCUGGGAACAAAGGUGAACAGUUCUCUUCAACACAAUCUUGGAGGAAACAAUAAUGUUAGUUCAGAAUUGGCCAUUCAAAGAAUUGCGGAUUAAAAAAAAAUGUGACUGGAAAUGGACUAUUCAGUAAUGCCAGUUAAGAGUCCUACUGGGAAAAAAUGCGAUGUGGUGGAAAUGUAUUUGUAUUGUUAUGCAUCAAAGCUCGUUUAUGUUGAUACCCGUGAAACCAUUUGAUAUAUAGGCUAACUUCAUACAUGUGGAAUACAAUAUGUAUCCUGAUGAUUUACGGGAGCAAAAUCAUUUCUACAAGGCACAUUUACCACUAUAGAUUAGCUUUAACAUUUAGAGAUUGGGAGGACAACACAGCUGCACACACGAGGAUUUUGAAAUGCAUCUGCAACAUUUGUGGACAACGAACAUUGAUUUCAGAAUGGAUACAUACACAACAUAUAUGUGUUUGUGUUUAUGAUUUUAAGCAGUAAACUGUUAUGAAGAAAUGAGUCGCUUUUUUUACAGUUCUGAAAGUAUGCAUGGAAUUCGUUAUUAACUUUGUAUUAAUUUCAUAUUGAAAUAAUGUCCAUGAGGUUUACAUGCAACUGGUUUUCAGUUCCUAACAUGCUAAUAUAUUUCAGACCAUUGUUUUCUAUGAUGUUAUGGUUUUUACUCUGCAUUCUGUGUUAACCUUCUCUCAUGUAGUGCAUAUACUUAA